ACUCAGUCAAAGCUCGUUCAGCCGCCGACCUGCAACCAGCGAGUCCUGGCAGCAGAGGAAAUGAAUCUGUUUUACUCUGAGGAGGAAAAUUCACGAUUAAAGAAGGUUCUGGACCAAAACAUGCAAAGACUGAGCAGGUGACUCCUCGAGGGCCUGUGGAGAAUAAUUAUACGACCCAGCGUCUUUUUCACAAAGCCGGCGAAGGUUGAUGAAUAUCAAAGAGCAGAAAACAUCUGAUGAAUCUACUAAAAGUGUGACAAGUUCAGGAUUUAAAUGUGAUCCGACGUUCUAAAUGAAGAAGAAAAAAUAUGGCGACACUUGGGAGUCGUCCUCUCCGCCGUUUGUCUUUGACUGAAUGAACGCAACCUUCGACUAAGAACCGCCAACAUGGCUGACAACGGGAGCUCCAGAGUCGACACUCCGACCAACGUCUCUCUGAGCGCCGGCGUCUCCGAGUCUCUGGAGUACAAGACGGUGUCGGUGUUCCUGGUUCUCCUGGUUUGCUGCGUGGGCAUCGUGGGGAACAUCAUGGUGGUUCUGGUGGUUCUGACCACGCGCCACAUGAGGACGCCCACCAACUGCUACCUGGUGAGUCUGGCCAUCGCCGACCUGACGGUUCUGGUGGCGGCCGGGCUGCCCAACGUCUCCGACAGUCUGACCGGAACCUGGAACUUCGGACAUGCCGGAUGUUUGGGAAUCACCUACCUACAGUACCUGGGAAUCAACGUGUCGUCCUGCUCCAUCACCGCCUUCACCGUGGAAAGGUACAUCGCUAUCUGCCAUCCUAUGAAGGCUCAGACAGUCUGCACAGUGUCAAGGGCCAAGAAGAUCAUCACCGGUGUUUGGAUCUUCACCUGCGUCUACUGCAUGCUGUGGUUCUUCCUGGUCGACAUCCAGGUUGGUGAGGACGGACACCAGCAGUGUGGAUACAGAGUGAAGAGAGAACUCUACCUGCCCAUCUACCUCAUUGACUUCGCCAUCUUCUACGUGAUCCCGCUGCUGCUCGCCAUCGUCCUGUACGGCCUCAUAGCACGAGUCCUCUACCUCAGCCCGCUGCCCAACCAACCCGACGCCACGACGCUGCGACGAAGCUGCCGUGAGCCUCCUGAAGCCGCCAAAGGAGGUCGUCAGGGUCGGCCGAAGAGCGCCAUGUCGUCCAGGAAACAGGUGACUAAGAUGUUGGCUGUGGUCGUGAUCCUGUUUGCUCUGCUCUGGAUGCCCUACCGGACUCUGGUUCUGAUCAACUCCUUCGUGUCCACUCCUUACCUGGACGCCUGGUUCCUGCUCUUCUGUCGGAUUUGCAUCUACGCCAACAGCGCCAUAAACCCGGUGAUUUACAACGCCAUGUCCCAGAAGUUCCGCUCGGCGUUCAGGGGCCUCUACCGAUGCCAACGACUGGAGGGGAACCAGAGGACGCUGUCGACCCUCCACCCCGGCUUUGGUACCAUCCGAGACGUCCGCUGCACCCAGAACAAGAGCAACGGAACCGAGGAAAAGGCGAAGAGAACCGUCCUGGUACCUGCAAUCGAGGAGAAGCAGAAUGGAGGAGGCCAUCAGGAGAUUAACGGAAAGAAAACCGAUCAUCCGACAGGUGAAGAGGAGUCGGAUCGGCCUACGACUAACAAUACGACAGUUAGUUUCGAAGACAAACCUACAAGAAACAGUCAGCAGGAGAACGUGUAAAUAUCAACAAGUUGUGGAAUGUGUAGGAAUCUGAAUAAAAGUCCAAUGUAGGAAAACCCAAGUCUGCUUUGAUGACAGAGGAACAGACAAUUCGUCUGAUGUCUAUCUUGUAAGAUGUUCAGAAGUUUCUUGGAGUUCUUGGACUUUUAUGUUUCAUUUGAAGAUCUUUACCUUCUACUGUGUUGCUCUCAAAAUACAAACAGCAGACUGGAUCUCGUCAGGUUGUUUUUGAGUCUCAAGUCUGACAAACCGGAUGUAGCAUGAAGGUAUAAUCCUGCCAUUGGACACGUAUUGCAGGUGGCUUGAUCUGCAUGUUACCAUUUUCUUACCUCCAGGUAGCAACUCACCAGACUGACACUUUCAAGUUUUGCUUGGAUUGUGCAGUUUGGGUGGAUUCUUCAUUUUAAUGGCAGUUUUUCCCUCUUUGCAUGCAAAUAUUCCAGCAUAAUUCACCGUCGAAUUGGUUAGGGUUAGGGUUAAGGUUAGGGUUAACAUCCUUUGCUUAGCGCUGCCUACAACUACUGUGAUGAUUGUAAAGAAACACAAACAAGCCAGACUUUUUACCACCUACAGCAGCAUGAUAGCGAGGUGCAGUCAGACCAUUCUACGUUAUGGAACGGUCUGGCAAACUGAGACUAGUUCAGCCCAACCCUUUAAGCAUGUUCCGACCACAAGAACCAACCCUGUAGAACCACUUUUUGAGCUGUCUCUGACUGACAAAAAGUACCCAGUGCAAGGUAGGUACUUAACUCAUAAAGGACAAGUGCCAAUUUUUUUAGCAGAGUAUCAGUCAACUCCUUCCUAACAUCACCAUCAAAAACGUUACAUUCAGCAUACACGGCAACAAAAAAAACACAGAUUGUUCUACUUCCUGUUCUAUUUUUGCACACACAUACAUAUAUAUGUUUAACAUUAUACUAGUACUCUGCUUUUACAGUUUUUAUCUGGCACCCUUGACUCUAGAUUUUCAGUUUUUUCAAGGGAUUUUUUUUUUUACAGUGCACCUGAAGGCCCCUUUUCAGCUCGUUAAUGUCGACGUUUUGGCCCAAAAACCUCCAAAAAGUGUGCAGCUCUCCGUUCUUUGCCCAUUUACCUAUUUAUUCUUGUCUUGUUUGAACUCUUGGGGUCGGAGCAGCAUCAAGCACAAUUUUUUAGUUGAGAAGCAAGCUUACCCUAGAUAACAUCACCAUCAACAAGGUAAAAUUCACUGUACACACCAACAGCAAACCUCCAUUGUUCCUACAUAAAACCAGAGUGAUAUCCAGUAACGACUAUUUGCCUUGGUGCACUUGGAGAUAACAUUGUGGUCAAAGCUGUUGGAUUCAACAUCACAAACAAAACAUAAAGACUAGAAAGGGCCGAUCCUGUAAAUGCUUGCACCACUUAACACCUGCCUCAAGUUUCUGAAGUGGAACAUCGCCUACAUCAGACCAACACAAGCACAAAUACAUCAUUAUUUGGCUGUAAACAGUGACAUUUUUCUUUUCCAACAUCUACGCUGGCGUCCAAACUAAAUUUUGACACGUCUGUGCAUCACGUGGGAGAACAUAAUGACAUUUUAGCAUUAGUGACCAUGCUCUGUAAUCUUUAAAAAGGCAGAAUAAUCGAAAAAAGUGAGAAGCACACAGUCGUAAACAGAGUCAAACUUAAACCUCCCGUUGUCUUCAUUUAUAGGCACCAAAAAAAAAAUAGUUUCCUUGUCUGAAAAAAUCCAAAAAUUCAGCAAAAGAAUGCCUCAGAUUUCUGAAAAUUUGCAAAACCUUCAAGAAGAAAAUUCCAAUAAUUCCUUAAAAGCUUCCCUUAAAAGUUUUAUUUUAAAAAAAUCCACCAAAUUUGACAAGAAAAUUCUUGUAAAUAUUUUCAAAAAAUCUUCCAAAAAAUUUUUGUGAAUGUCUUAAAAAACAUUUAAAAAAUGUUUUUUUCACCAAAAGAUGUUCAAAGAUUUCCUAAAAAUGCUGAAAAUGUGGACAUCAGAAGUUUCACUGUGAAAAUAUAUUUAUUUUCCCACAUUUUCAAACUUUAAAACGGGUCAGUUUUGACCUGCAGGACGACACGAGGCUUAACGACAUCAUCAGUGCAGUUUAAUUUAGAAGAUUCUCAGGUCGGAGUUUAUCGCCUGUGAUGCACUGAAGACGCCACAUCUUCACAUUUCUGCUUCUUGUGAUCAGAUCAGUCUCUUUGGUAAUUCUUAAAGUAUCUUUUAAUGUCAUAGUGGCACAUUUACCAUCAGGGGAUUAUUCAUUAUUCAUAUAUUUUAUUCAGUGCAUUGCAUAAAUAUUGCAGGUUAGUGCGAGCAACACUGACGUUAACUUUACAUUUACUGUACAAUGUGAAUCUUUUGAGAACAGUGAGUUCAUAGACGAACCACAUUUAGUAGUAUCAUCAGCAGUAUAUAUAUAUAUUUUUAAAUGAUUGUCAGUGUUAUCAUUGUCAUCUUCUAAAGCAAAACAAAACAAACAAAAAAAACAGAGUUGUAGUUUUUUACUGUAUUUUUAGUAGUGUUUUGUCAAGGAUUACACCAUUUUUGGGGAACUUACAUGGAAGCAAAUAAUAACAAUAAGAUUUUAACAUUAUAAGGAAUUGAGUAUAUAUACAGUAUACAAUAAAAAUUGGAUCACCUCCCAAAAAUGUCAUUAUUUCUGAGUUGAACAGUUGAAUAUUUCCUCUUAUGAUUGAUCCAAAAUAUACAUUUUAGAAAGACUGUAUUGAAAAUUUAGGCUCCAAAGUGGAAACUUGAUGUAAUUGAAGUGAAAACACCUGCGAUCCCAGAAACUGGUCAUUUUUAUUCAGACUAAUGGCUUAAAAAUGGUUCUAAAAUGAGGUGUGAACAGUUAGAACUUUCUCAGUUUUGGAUCUAUUGGCUGUAUAUAUGUUUUCAUCAUGGCUCCAUGUGGAAAAGAACUAAAAAAUGUGACUAUAAGACUUCAAAGAUGGAAAAAGAUCCAGAGAGAUUAAUUAAAAGUCAGUGGAAACGCAGCUGCAGCAGUAAUCAGGAGGUACCACUAAUCAUGGCUGCAGCUGUUCUCCUAAAGUAAUGUUAAAAUGUUAAAAAUGUUUCUUAAGAACAUUAACAAAAAAUGAAUUUUUUGAAGUUUUACUGAUAUAUAUGGAAUCAUUUUAGAUAUUUUUAGGAUUUUUUUUGAAGAUUUUUAUUCAAUUUUUGAAAAUAUUUCCAAGAAUUUUCUUGCCAAAUUUGGGGGAUUGUUUUUAAAAAUAAUACUUUUAAGGGAAACUUUUAAGGAAUUAUUGGAAUUUUCUUCCUGAAAGUUUUGCAUUUUUCAGAAAUUUGGGGAAUUUUUUUGCUGAAUUUUUUUUCAGACAAGGAAACAAUAUUUUUUGGUGCCUGUAAAUGAGGACAACAGGAGGAUUAAAGCAUAGUCCUGACAGUGAUGAACGGAGGUAGGAGUUUGAUGGUAUGGGGCUGAAUAUGUUCACAAAAAAUAAAGUUGAACGCACAAAUUACUGAAAAACCUAAAUAUAAGUAAUUUGAAGUGUUAGUUUUUAAUUUUACAUUUCAACUUUAGUUCAACUUUGAAUCAUUUUAUACUGCAGUGACUGAAAGCUGCGUCAAUCAAGACAUUUCUUGUUGCCAAUGAUCCCUUCUUGGGUGUUAUUCAGUUCCUUAUAUAUUUAAUUAUCUACGGGGAUUAUUUGCUUCCAUAAAUUUGUCCCAGAAGUCAGCUGACCCUUUAACUGAAGCCACCAGCCUCCAUGUGUCUCAGCAAAUUCUCGGCUCCACCAUGCUAACCCAUGCUAACACGUUAGCACCUCAGUUGUGUAGACAGUGUUCGAUGACGUUAGCUUCCUGCUGCUACGUUUACUGUGUAAAUAUAUGAGGACUUUUUAUUCUUUUAUGUAGUGUGUGGGUUUAAACAUGAGCUCUAGAUGUUUUAUUUCUGUAAAUAUCGAUGUACGGUGACCGUGUUGGUUUAUUUUUAUGAAAUGUGCUGCAUGUCGACACUGACGUUGGAUUUCUCGGUGCAAUUACCGCACAAAAUUAAUUUAUGUUUUAACGUAUUGCAGUUUUAUUUAACCGUGAAGGCAGCUGGAUUUGAGUCUGUGCUGAGCUGCAACAAGAAAAAAGUUGAAAAAAGAUGAAAAAUAAUCAAUAUAUAUAAAUGAAUGCAGAGGUCGUCCACGUCUUAGAAGUGCUUUAACGCUCCCAAAAAUUAGGUUUACUGCUGCACAGGAGGAUAAAAAAACGCUACAAAAUAUUUAACUCUUAAGUCUGUUUAUCAGAGCAUCUCUGGAAGCUGCAGCUGCCUGCAGAUAGAAAUGAAGCAGAUAAAAGUGGAGUUUGUGGUUCGUUAAGCGAAUCAAUUAACUAAGAAAGACUGAAACGCUCCACAAUUCUCAUGAUUUAACCCCUGCUAGCAGCCUUUAAUUAGCAUUAUUCACAUUAUACUCUAUUUCACCUGUUUCUUCUGACAAUUAACAUGUAAAUUAAUGCUUUUCUUUGUAUAGUUUGACAGGAUAUUAGCUGCAAUUUCAAAAACAGAGAAAAUAAUGGUGAAAAAUGACAGUUAACACCAGUGUAAAGAUGCAUAUUUAUGUCUAAAUUUCAAAAUAAAAGCAGCAGCAUUAUAUUCUUUAUUAACUCUGUUUCUUCUGACAAUUAACAUGUAAAUUAAUGGAAACAGGGAAAGAUAAUGGUGAAAAAUGACAGUUACCAGCAGUUCUUGCAGGCAAGAUGCAUAUUUAUGUCUCAAUUUCAAAAUAAAACAGCAGCAUACAGAGAAAAAACAAGGAUCUGCACAACCAGUAAUAAAACAUAAAGCACAAUAAUUCCAUCUGACUUCAGUUGUAUUCAUGAGAAGCAGAUAACAUUUUUAAAAAGUUGGUACAAUCGUUUAUUGCUCUACUGUCAGCUCAUAUUUAAUGAAAACGUUCAGUCACAAAGUGCAGAAAAGGUUUAAAAACCUUCCUGUGGUGGACACGUGGGCCAAAUCUGGUGCUUUUUUUUUGACUGAAAUAAACAUUUUCUGUGAUAUUUAAAUGAAUCUGCCUCAGUUUUAAAAGUUAAAAUGGUCAAAUCUGAUCUGCAAGACUUUAUUUCCUUGGCGUUUAACUUGGUGUUGGAUUAAAUAUGAAGUUCUUUUCUUUGUAACCUGUAAUGUGAAAACUGUGGCUGUGAUUUUAAAAUGUUUAUUUCCUAUAUGGUGUGUGUGUGUGUGUGUGUCUGUACUCUGUGUGUGUGUGUGUUUGUGUGUGUUCAUGCACUGCCUGCAGGAGGGUUUGCAAUCAGGGAAACACAAUUAUCGUAAUAAAGUCUCACAGAGUGACUCACGCUUCAGAUCGACUGGGUUUUAUAUGAUAUUUUUAGAUGAUUACGGUGUUUAUUGGCGGUGCAGAACUCCCACCAACACACUGCUGAAUGUGUGAGUGAUUAUUUAGCCCUGGAGAGCUGCUGGUCUGUUGUGUUUUGUAGUAACUGCCAGUUUGAAAAGUGGCUUUAAGUGUGUUGUCGCAGUCAGACGGCUGUUGUUCUGAAGUUUUCUCUGCUCGGUGGAUUCGUAGUUUGCAUGUCCAGUAAAGUGGCUUUAAUUCAGCAUCUAAAGUCAAUAAAAAGACAUCAGUUGAAGUGUC